AUGAAUUGGUCCAAAAUAAAGUUUUACGAACCGGUCAACAAGAUGGAUACCUUACUAGCCAGGGUCCUCAAACCUAGAAUGAGACGAGGACACAUUACAUCCAUCCGGCACCCAGAUAACUUGGUCAAAACUAUGCCCAAAGACAUAGCAGACGUUUUUACUGAUUACUAUAAAUCCCUUUACAAUCAUUCCCCAAACUCAGAGACAAUGACCAUGAGAGACGAGGACGCAACCGGCAAUUUCCUGAAAGACCUAGGACUGCCCAAGUUACCACAAGAG